GCAAUCGUUAUGGCAAGCCUGUAUCUAUAUGUGUAUGUGGUGAUUUUUCUCACGAUGCCACUAGUAAUUCCAAAACGAUCUCGCAGCGAUGCAGAAGGCUUAGCCGAGGCUCAGCAACAAAAUGCCGUUGAAGAAUACACCGACGAUAAUGUACCAAACUGUCACAAUGUAGACAUACGGAACAAUCUCGCCCGAUUGCGCAGGAUCGAAAAUUGCACCGUGAUUACGGGCUACUUGCAGCUAGUUCUGAUCGAACGAGUUUCGCACCAGGAGUUUCAGAAGUAUAAUCUAACUCAAUUGAGAGAAGUGACUGGAUACGUGAUGUUCUUUCACGUGUACAACCUCGUCUCGCUACGGGAACUGUUUCCGAAUCUGAUGGUAAUUCGUGGCAGGACGGUGUUCUUCAAUUACGCGCUGAUUUUCUACGAUAUGCCACAUCUGACUGAGAUUGGCUUGAAGAACCUACUCGCCAUCGAAGAUGGGUUCGUUAACGCACAACACUGCCCUAGACUGUGCUACACCGAUACGAUAGACUGGCCGAGCAUCACGCGCAGAUCCAACCGUUCGCUCGAUCUGAACCGAUUUGACAAGCCGGAGAAGUUGGUGGAGUGCAACAACAACAGGACGGAUUUAUGCCUCGGGUGUCCCAGGCCAUACUGCUGGAGCAGAGUAGCUUGCCAACGGUUUCACACCGGUUACGAUUUUACAGGUACCAUCAAAUGUCACGAACAAUGUCUCGGUGGCUGCGUCAAUCGAAAGGAUACCGGUUGCCGUGUUUGUCGUGGUUUUAAAGAAGGCAAACGCUGCGUUGAGAAGUGUUCUGAAGGAAAAGUAUUGUAUGAUGAAACGCUGCGAUGUAUAAGCAAACCAACUUGUAUCAAUCGCGGAGGUUUGCUGUACGAGGGUUCAUGCCUGAAGGAGUGUCCUGCUGGAUACAGUGCGACCGACGUAGAAGAACUUGACGCCGAUUUUUCCAACCAUACUUGCUAUGAGUGUCACGAGCAGUGUCCAAAAAUUUGCGAAGGCUCUCAAAUUAUGUAUUUGCUUGAUGCCGAACGAUUGCAAGGAUGUAAGAUCAUAAACGGAACGCUACAAAUACGGAUGAAUGAGGAUAAUCCGCACCUAGUUGAAGAGCUGAAAAAGUCGCUGGGAAGCAUAGAGGAAAUUAUGGGAUAUUUGAAGGUGUAUCGCUCGAACACAUUACCCUCGUUGGAAUUCCUGGAAGGUUUAAAAACCAUUCAUGGGCAGUUGGAAUUGGGACAUGGCAACUAUUCGCUCAUGGUGUACGAAAAUAUGAACCUCCAAAAAUUGUGGAACUACGAGAACUUUGGGCCACUAAAAUUAAUUGCCGGAAGUAUGUAUUUUGUAUACAACCCCUUACUCUGCGUCUCGCAGAUAGAAUUAUUGAAGAAUUUCACGAAAUACAACAACACGAAUGAUUUAAUUAACGUUGAUUCCAAUGGAUUUAUGCAGUCAUGCAACGUCGAACAUAUUAGAGUGAAAGCUGAAGUACUAUCCAGUAGGAACGUGACGAUAUAUUGGACUAGAUUCGAGAAGGCUGUCAGUCAGACGCUGUUGGGUUACAUAAUUUUCUUCACCCCAUCGGAUAAACCAAGAUCCCCCUAUGAUGGACGAGAUGUUUGCUCCGAGUAUAGUUGGCAGUCAAAGUUGGUUCAGAUGAAGGAUAUAUCAACGCAUAAAGAAUUCCUCUCACACGACUUGACCGGCUUGAAGCCUUUGACCAAGUAUGCAUAUUACGUCAAAACCUACCUGACAGACAACGUUCACAACGUGACGCAAAGAAAGAUCGGUCAAUCGUAUGUGGAAUAUUUCGUCACAAAGAUCGCAAGACCUACCCAACCGUUGAAGGUAUUCACCACACAGAAAACGGAUAGCUCAAUAACUUUCUCUUGGAAAAUACUCAAAUCGGAAUUCAACCUAGUGAAGAGCUAUCGUGUUGAAGUUUUCAUUCAACCGGAUGAUCAAAAACUGCUAGAUCAGCGCAACUACUGCCUCCAUCCACGAGAAGCAUAUAAGGAACCGGAAAUGGUUGAAGAAUGUACCGCGGAAAUGUGUUGCUCUGAUGAUAGCAUUUUCCUGGACGUUCCGGAAUUUUCCGAUCCUGACAACGAUUUCUAUUCACGAAAGAAACGAUCCAUAUCACAUGAGAAUAUUGCUGAAGUACAAUUUUCGAGCGAUUUCCACACUAAAAUGUACAAUACUUUUUUAAACACACCGCAAGACACUGCUGACUCCAGUACUAAAAGCCAUCAUCGUGCGAAACGGGAAACCGUGAAUUUUAAAAAUCGCAUUUAUUUGCAUGAAUUCUCUGAUGUAACACAAUUUACCGUUACAGACCUAUGGCCGUACCACUACUACACUUUUCAGCUAUUCGCUUGUAGUUCCAUGAAUAUGAGCUACUGUAGUGCUUAUAGCAUAUAUUCUGAUCGUACAUACCCUUCGCUUAUUCUGCCAACGAUGGAGCUGACUGUAAUCAAACCAAAGACUCAUGAGCAUUUGGAAUCAAACAGCAUUGUCGUAUCAUUUGAGGAACCAAAAGCGGUCAAUGGAGCUGUUGUUGCAUUCAAUGUGGAAAUUUCGGCUCUGAAUAGUAAAGCUCCCUUUACCCGCCGUGCAUGUAUAACUAGACUGGAGCACGAACAAGCGGGCCAGCAAUAUCGUUUCGGAAAUUUAUCGGUGGGAGAGUAUAUGGUUAGAGCUCAGGUCGUGUCACUUGUCGGUGCGGAAACGUUCAGCGAUUGGUACUUUGCCAAAGUGGAAGAACUGCUGGAAGAACAACCGGUGGAUGAUAAUUCGUUGAGGAAUGGUUUCAUUACGUUCGGAGUUCUGUUCAGCCUGGUUCUGGGCAUGAUUGGAUGCUACGUGUUGUAUCACAGGAUGAAAAAGCAUCGCGAUGAUAAGGAGUUGCUGAUAGAAAAUGAUGGCAAUGAAGAUGGGUUUGUAGACUGCGAUCUGCGGUAGCUGCUAAGGUUUACAGCACAGGAGAAUUCUCGAUGGGCAUUUCAAAUGGUCCUAUCUGCUUUGAUCGAUUCUCCUCAUCAACUUUUUCUUUCGUCAAUAACUUAAGCUGAACAUUGCAUUAGGUCCUAAGUAACAUUGACAGAUUCUCUUCGUCGACUUUCUCUUUGUAUUCCCAUGGCCAUGUAAAUAUAUUCUCAGGUAUUUUCGGCACACAGAUCGAUAAAAGAAGUUUUUAUCUAGCAUCUAAUAUGACCAACAAAACAAGAAACAGAUGUGCUCAAGUUAUUAACGAAAGAGAAAGUCAACGAAGAUAUUCGAUCAAUGUUACUUAGGACCUAAUACAAUGUUCAGCUUGAACUCAGCUGCAAAACCUUUCCCUGUUGUAUUUUACGUUUUGGAAUCUAGAUAAGUACAUCUUUUAUCAAACUAUGUGAUAGAAUUAGCGCGAAAUCUGUUUGCAUAGCUGUGGUUAUGAAAAGAGAAAGUCGAUGAAGAGAAUCGAUCAAAGCAGAUAGUACCAUUUGA